CCGCAUUCUAGUCGAGGCUUCCAAAUUGUGAAUGUAUGUCUCUCUCUGGGAUACUGAAGCACCAAUGGUCGUAAGGGUUGUAUGAAUGCAUGACAAAGCAUCCGGAGGUCAUAUAUGCAUGACUGCUUGCACCUUCUUCACGACGCUGUGCCUAACCGUACCCUCUUGUUAACUUGUUCUCCAUCUGUCCAUCACUUUUCUCAUGCUCGUCUAAACCUCUUCCGCCUCUCCUUCUGAACCUGCCCAUCUUUCUUACUCAAAACGUGGUAAACACGUUGCAUCUGUCCAUUUCCUAGCUCCGUAUAAAGCAGUUCGCCAAGCGAGACGCCAUGCACCGAUUUCGGAAAAAGUCGGACGCAAACACCAAACGCCCCAGUGCCCUGCAGAUCGAAACAGGACAUUUGACGACCAACGACAACGUCCCAUACCACGAGUUGACCCAGCAGAGCUCCCCAUCUGGCGUAGAGGGCCUUCCAGAACUCCCCACAGCCAGUGAUUUUCGGGCGUCCUUGAUUCUCACGGAUCUGUCGCGUCGUUUCACAUUGCUGAACCACAUCGAAGAGAAGGAUACGACGUCCUACGACACACUUCGAUCAAAGUUGGCCGAACAGCGAGCUCGCGGCGCUAAGAAUCAGGUUUCUGAGGAGGAGGAAAAGAUGAUCAUUGAGAGUUUGGGAUGGCGACCGAGCGGAAAGGCAAAAGCAGAAGAAGAGUCCCUCAUCUCAGGCCCCGGGAGGUCUUCGGUGCCCGGCUCCCCUCCUAUGAACAAGCGGUACAGCAACAACUUGUUUGGCUCCGGAAGGUUUCGAGAUUACAGCUACGUGAGAAGUGUGCAAAAGCAGGGUUCAGCUUCUAGUGCCCGGGCCAGUUCUAGCACAACUGACAGUACCGCCCCCAAGCUGCAAUCGAGCUCGCACGACAGUCUGGGACCACUUACCCCGGAUAAUCCAGAAGGGAUUUCAGUGCACUCUGCACCGAUCCAUCCACCCGGGCCUUACAGCGGUCAGGCCAUUUCGGUAGCCGAGUAUCGCUUGUCCAAGGCUCUUGGUCCUUCUGUUAUGCGGCGAGCAUCACUAGCCAUCGAAGAUGCCAUUCAGUCCAUCGAAGAAGAAGCUGCAGAGGACGAGAUUGUCAUGCCUCGGACGGUCCCUGUGCCAAGGUUGCGGCGUAAAUCCCAGGAAUCGAAACCGUUCGUUAUGGGCGCUUUCGAGGGUGGAGUGGCCAUUUCGUCAGACAAGCAUGUCAGCCUCGAGCCAGACUCGCCUCGCGCGUCACCCAUCCCGACUCGUAUCAUUCCUGGAUAUAUACCUGGCAUGCCACGUCCUAUGACUCCCACCUCGACAGAGUUCGAGGAGCAGCGAUCGUACUCGACGACCCCUCGUGCUAGCUCUCCUAAUACACCUCGGAUUGUGUCGCCUUCGCCCCGGCGCCAGUCUUCAGUCCGCUCGUACUCCCCAGCUCCGAUUUUCCUGCAGCGCACCCUUAAUGGACGUUUCACCCCUGAGGAUCCGAACUCGAUGCAUCAUCUAUCGCAAACCGACAGCGAGCAGGGUCGCCACUCUCUGGGACGACAUUUCAGCCGAUGAGCGUUGCAAAACGGCCAGGUACGCCGGGAAGCAAGUCUGCGGGACACACGAGAGACGGUAGUUGGGUCAGCGAUCCUGGCACGGAUCAAUAUUCUCGAUCUCUGCGAUCGCCAGCCUUGCCUGAUUCGCCUAUGAUUGGGCCAGGGCAUAACGCGAUGCAUUCGUUCAAUUCCUCCCUCUCCACUACGUCCUCAUUUGAGUCUCCGCGACCGACGUCCGUCGUGUCUGGAAUCGACAUUGGCUCGCCUGUCAUAGCUCCCGUAGACAGCCGUCGGUCUUCCAAACAGAAUCGGCCGUCCUCUCCAUUCACGUUGACCCCCUUUCAACCGCUGAUUUUCUCGCCUGUCGCAAACUCUUCUCGGUCUUCUUUGGAGUCUGUUGGAUCCAGCUAUCACUCGUGGAACGGCGACGAUAAGGACCGAAGCACGCUCUUUUUCGCCGAUCCGGAGCCGCAACGCGGAGCAUGGCACGACAUCGCCCUGCCCAGUCAGCUCAAUUCGGACGGUUCGAACGCAGACGAUGGGGAAGCCGAAGACAUGGUGCUCAAGUAUGCCGGGCUGAAGAACAUAGAUUUUGUUGCUAUCCAAGAAAAGCUCGUUUCAGCUGCAACCAAACCUCCUGCGACGGCUGCGGAGGUCAGAACACCUUCUCUGAGAAGAGGUCGACCGUCCACUUCCCAGUCUACGUAUUCUCUCAACGGCCGCAUCGCCAGCCCGCCGCAGUCUCCGACGACGAUAUCGCCGCCUUCUGAUGGCCAGAUGGUUUAUGCGGCUGAGUCUGAGCCCGUUCAGGACGUUUCGCCGACGACUCGCCGACACCGGGAUCUCACCAAGGCUCUCUUUGGCGAUGGAGGAGAGGUCGGUGAUGAAUCUGGUGUGCCAGGCCUCGUUGUGUCUCCUUCCGCUACAUCCUUUCUGCCUCCCUCCCCUCGCGACCCCCCUUCGUCUGCGACCUGGCCUCAUCCUCUGCCACGGAGCCCGUCCACCCCGAGACUGCCGCAGACGGAGGAAGAGCACGAAGAACUGGCUAGAGAGAUACAGCGGAAAGCCGAUGCAGCGAUGAUCAUGCUGCACAAGCAGCCGUCCAACUCAAAUCUUGCAGUGCCUCCGAAAGGCUCGACGCGGAAGCGAAUAAAUCCACAUCAGAUCUCGACGCCUCAGCUGGUGUCGGCCUCGACAAGUGUGGAUACGAUUCCGCUGCCGUCCCCCUCGCUUUCGGGUGGCCAGUUCAAGAUUGGAUCGCGGCUGAAACGGCUGCGGGGGUCUUUGCGAACCAAGACGAUGCCGACGGCACAUGAUGUAACACCGUUCCCCCCAGAAUUGCAGUCGCCGCAGGCAGCACGGUACGAUCCCACCAAGUUCCGGGCGCCUGGGCCCACUGUCAUGAGUGCCACGGAAUUUGAAGGCUUCAAGGUUUCCGCCCCGCUGCCGCCUAGCCCCCCAGCAUCUGCCGGACCCGGGCUCAAAGGUUUCAUGGCCCGAUUCAGAGGAAGACAGCGUGCCAGUGACAAUCCGCUCGAUUCCCAUGCUGACCUACGCCCGAUGUAUAAAUCGGGCCCCAGUUCCGAGACGUUGUCAUCCGGUCACGUGCCCGCAGCCUCCCCGGAUGAUGGCCGUGCGGCAAUCAAACAGCUGUUCGAUGCUGCGUCCAAUUUGGGACUGGACCAGACUGCGUUGAACGAUCUGCUUGUUCGAUCCGGGUCAACGUCGUCCAGAGCGAGUGAAUGGUCUCCGCUGUCGCGUAAUGCGUCUCGAACGACCUCGAACGAACCGGCUCGCAGUCAUCGGACGCAUCCCAGCAUCGUUGCUGAGUCACCGGAGCCUGUUGUCGAAAGGAAGGCUGAAGCCGAAAGAAAGGAAUCCAAUGCAGUUGUUCGUCGCACUAUCAUUUUCCCCUCCGAAUCACGCACGUCGACGAUCGACAUCAGUGUCUUGCUCCGAAAACAUUCGUCUCGCCGGCGGAGAGCAAGUUCUGCCUCCGUGUCGAGCCGUUCGGUGCACGAUCGCGUCCCAACCCCGCCCCCGCCAAAACCGCAGCGAUUCUCCAAUGUUCCCGCUCCCCCACUACCAUCAGCCGACAAAACAGCCUCGGCCCGUGAUACCUAUUACGACAUGCAUGGAAAUGCUGCGGACGCAGCUUCUUCCCAAGGUGGCCACGGGCAAUCCGGGCCUGCGGUUGAGGUUGUUGAGUUGGCCAGUGGAGAGACCAUAUGGAAAAUCGUGAAUGGCUUACGGAACGAUGAUGACGAUCUCGAUGCCUUCAACCAUCGCGGCAGCUUCGCCUCGGACUAUUCCUUACGUGAUUCUGGAGAUGGGGUCCAGGUCUUCUUUAAGGAGCACGGCAGAAAGGGCAGCGGGUCCUCAUACUUUGGCCGGAAGAAGUCCAUCACAGCCAAGUCAGGGAGGCCAGAGACCAAGGUCUUCUACAGCUCAUCUGCUCAAAUCGGUCGUCUGAUCGAAAACAUCUCUGAAGGGAUGGAAGCGGGGUCUUUCAACUUUCUUCCCACAACACCAGGACCAGCUGCCUCCGCAAAACCGGCCAAAUUUGUACCCUCCACAGCGUCCUCGCUCGUAGAACCCGAUUGGACACUAGAAGAAACCCUGGAUCAUAUGAUUUCGUCCAACAUGCGCCGCUGACUCGAUUUCUCCCUGCUCUCGCUUUUUGCUAUCUCUGGAUUUCCACUUUACGAAGUUAAUGAGGACUAAUUAAAUACCAGUUGUAUUAUAUACAUUGAAUCAGGUUGCAGCAUACAUGUUGUCAAACCAUCGGUUCAAUGAAAGGGUAGCCAGGGUAUACAGCAGAAGCGCGUCCUGGGCAAAGGUAUAUUGCAGCAGACCCGUGCACCGCCCGAUCGCGGUGUCCUCGCGGUAGCGCCGAAAUGCAGCAACUCGGACGAUGGGCGUGUUCAUGGCAUACAACUGUCGCAGGAUAUCACCAUCAGCGCGACGGUCUAGACCGCACUCUCAACGCACGCACAUCAUAGCCUCCCGGCUCGCUCGUUCGCCUCCAUUCGUAUUUCCGACCAUCGGGGAAGAUGAAUGCGCGCGCGCUGCGGCCAGACCCAUCAGUGCACCAUUCCCACGACGGCGGACAGGCGCGGCCUACCUGGCCGUGGUCCCCCUCGAUAGCAGGCUCGGUAUCGAAAUCUGACUCUGGUCCCCGAAGAUCACCGUCCCCAGGUUGUUUCCGCGCCCGAACAGCAUCGUAGCAACAGGCAGACGGUCGUUGGAGUAUAUCUGGAUCGGUCAGCAGAGCAGGCCGCGAGCCGGACGCGCAGCGAACCGUGGUCUUAGCGCCCUGAGAUUCGAAACAAAAGUAGCGAGGGCCGGAUGUGUCUUCGCCGAUGAGGAUGGAGUCGAGAGGGUCGUCGCGGCCAGUGAAGAAGAGAUUGAACGUCGCCAUCCUGGUCUGCGUCGCACGCCUGCGCGUUGGGAAUGACUGGCUUGGAAGAGAGGUCAGAUCUUUACAUGGUUCACGCCUGGCCCAGAACUUAUGACAUGGGAAAUACUUCAUCUUCACUGAUCUUGCGAAGCAGAAGCCAGAUAUCACAGAUUCGAUUAAUGCCGGAUAGACGAUUUUCGAGACAAUGCAUGUCAUUUGUCAAAUUGACAUUUCCUGUCAAUCGAGAAUGCUUUGCGCCACCGUGAUUCUCACGUGCACGUGAAUAACUUGAUCACCCAACCGAAAUAUAAAGACCGUUUGCGCAUUUUCCUUGUCACAUGCACUGCACUGCCACCAAAGUUGCUGAGCACCACCGUUUCUUCUGCUCCUCGCGCGAUGCCCCGUUUUCGAAUCUCAAUGGCGUCUUUGGCGAAUUUGAAACGGACCUGAUCUGCGCCUAGAGACUGGUUAGUCGUGAUGGGGAUGUACAAAUAGGCUCUGUCCCACCAAUCUGGAAGGUCGGGGACUCGAUGACAAUUUUGAAAAGAUCGAAUGGCACACGGGACAGCACUUGGAGCAAUGCAUCUCGGUCUGUGUCUGGAUUUUGAGCGUAAGGACCGAAGAUGGACGGGUGAGUCAAGUCGGGGGUCGCAGAUCCGUCUGGCGUCAUACGCGUACGAUGCCAGUUCGUCCAUGCCACCCAAAGCGCGCGCACUGGCCAGGACAGCGCGGCAGUUUUUCUCGUGGAUCAAUCGCAUUGACACUAUCGUCGACUUGAGAAACGGUAAUCAUUGGAAGAAGACCCGCGAACGCACUAGAUGAGUAGAGGUAGCCUAGAGCGAUUGCGAAGCCCUAACGCCUCGAGUUAUAAGAGUUCCGUGCAGAAUUGCAGAAACGCACCUCCGGAGUCACUUCUGGUUCUCCUUCCAGUUGAACAUAUAUGACACGUUGUCCAUUGCUGCCUUGUGGGGACGUCGACAUGAGAUGGGCGAGCAACGGCGAGCGAGAUAGGAUUAUUGCGUGUAGACGCAGGUGGUCUGAUUUUAGAAUGCCGGAGUGCACACACAAGAAUAGUGUCCGCGUAGUUCUGCCGGCAUAUAAGUAUUUCGGUCAAAGACACACUUUUCCAACCAAUUGGACGCACCCCAGUCUGGAAUCCCGAAGAAUACAGAUGGUUCAGAAUCUCAGCGUCAUGGGUUUCCCUGCCACAAGUCGAAUAGUACUCGAUUGAGGUUGCGGACAAAGCCAUUCUGCCUGUCCAACUCACAGGAUGAAGCCAGAGUUGAAUUCGGCGGGUUGAUCUUGGUACGCGCUAGACGGCGAUUGGGCUCUAUUCUCCGGGAAUUCAUGUCUUUUGGUUUAUGUACAGUGGAAGGAAUGAAAAUGAAGUCACGCGUGACGCCGGGACAUUGAUGGAUGGUUCCCCAUUUGUCCAGGGCCGAUUGCCACUACUUGCACAUCUCGAGCAGUUCGUGCAGCUCAACUACUUCCCCAAAAGUGCCUACAGAUCCCAUCGACACGAAACUGGUGAAGAGAUUGUUAUCGACCAUUGCGUUCUUACCCUUGAUGGGAGGGUAUGGGGGUGGAGAUGCGUGGUAUUGUGGCUUGGGGUCAUCACCUGCGGGCAUCCCUCGUAUCUGCGAGAGUUGAUGCUAAAGCGGACGUGUUGGGAUGGGAUGAGCUUACCAUAUGAGAGCGGUCUGAUGCGAAAUUCUCUAGGAAUUCGAGACCCGGCACGAUUCUGAAGAGGCUGGAUGGCAAUGAGAUGAGGUGUUCGAGACGACAGGAGGAACGAGACAUGGCUGCUUGCUUGCCUCUGGUACUGGGGCGGGAGAUCCAUAUUGAAGGCCUACCUUGCAUGGGGCAUGGGGAGCGCAGGACGGUGUCGAAGUCAUAUAUCCAGUGCUGGCCGCUCUCCGUCCGCAACCAGAGGACGACAUGAUAGUCCCAAACGACCAUCGAUUCCGGCCGAAGUCUCUGAUGCCACAGCGCGACCUGGGAGAGAGAAUGAGCAGAUUGGGAGGUAGUCGCCAUUCUGACCGUUUGAGUCGUGUUCGAGAUGAAGAGUGCGGACACGUCGUGUUCUCGUUCGAGGAAAUUCUUGCACAGUAGAUAGAUGUUCUCUUCACAAUAAUUGGGAGUAUAGGUCGUCUCCGGGGGACCUGGCGGUGCCGGUAGGCACGCGCUUUCCAUGUGAUGACAAGAUGAAGAUAUACAACGACAGAUGUGUGACCCUUAAAUGGAAUGCAUGUUUCCUCAACCUCGAAUCCUCCAGCCGUCACCCUUGCGACUGACUUUGCCGACGCCGCCAAAGCUCUCACGAACGACGAGCCAGAGACCAGUGCUGCAGAUCACAUCCUUGAUUUCCUCGGCGGUCAGCAACAGUCCUUGACCUGGGAGCUGAUCAGAUAAGGCAUGUACCUCAAAAACAAUGGCAUACCUGGCUUCAAGGCUGCACUCAACGACCCUUGCCCGGCUUCCCGCUUCCGGACCGCCAACAACUCUACGUCUACGUCUGGCAGUGGAAACGGGACCUUGAGCAUGCCGACCACCUUCGGAUGGUGCGGUGUCGGGGACAGGGUCCCCACCUUGAUGCGCAAUCCCUCUUUCUCCUUUCGCGGAAGCUCGGUGUUUGCAUUGGAGGGACUGCGACCUGUUCGGCGGACUUUCAAAGUGCAUGUCCACGGCGUCUCUGAAUCUUCCGGAUCACUCUCGUCCCCAGAAUCUUCAGGCCGAUCGUCCUGGUUGAGCGCCAAGGACUGUCUUCGUUCACUGCUAUCACGGACCGCAUGUCCGUCCUCGGAGGCUGCAGUGGUGCUGAAGCUACUUUGCCUCGAUAUGACAUUCAGACUGAGCCGCUUCGAGGCGCUGGACCCGAUCGAGUCUUUGUUGAACGUGCUGGUCUGUUGUCUUGCCCCACUUGCUUCGCCCGCUGGAUUCUUCUCCUUGUUGACCCUCUUCUUAGGUUUUCCGCGUUUCCAUUCAAAACGGACCUCGACCUCGCUCACGAUAUCGGUCUCGUGACCGUAUUGGCCUUUGACCAUCCCUUUGGCCAUGGAUAACAGCCCUGAUCCUUCGACUUUGAGCCAUUUCCGUACAACCCAGACAUAUAGCCCAGGUCUGCCUUUCGGUGGAUGGACGGGAGCAGACAAGAUCGGUACCACGCCGAGCACAGGCGCCCUCGCGGCUUGUAUUUGUUGGGAGGAAGGCGAGUCGUCAUAGGCCAAGUCGAUCGAAGGCCGGAUAGGUGCGAUUGCAACCGGCGUAUUGGAAACAGUAACACCCGGACUGGGCGACACAGAUCUUGUGCGUGAGCGGCGAGUGGGGGUUGCUGAUCCGUCAUCCUUAUCUGAUCCUUCCUUCCGCUUGAAAAGCUUCCCGAAUAUAUGCCGCUUCUGCGCGGUGGGCGUCGGUGUGUCACUGAUUGGUCCUGGCAUCGCGGAUGAUGCCUGGGAAUGGGCACUGCUAGAGACAAGUGAUGCUUGGGAAGAGCUAGGUAGCUCAGGCGUGCUCGGUCGGCUUGAGCUUCUGUGUGCAGAGUGGCCUGGUGGAAGCAAGCCACCCGAGUUGCUCAUGAAACUUGGCUUAUGCCCAACAGUACGAGCAGAAAUGACAGAGCCUGCCCCCCGCGCACCAGCAUCACUGUAGACCUCGAUUGGUUCCAUAAUUGCCAGCUCGAGCAUCUCUAUCCCACGCUUGCUAAAACGUGCGAUCUUGGCGUCAGUGCCCGCGUCGACGAUCGUAUUUGUCAUGACGUUGUGAGCCUGAAGAUUAUAGAGGGGCACAAUCAUCCUUCGGCUGCUCGCCGUGGAAGACAGCGAGGUAGUGCUUGCAGAGGAAAGUGUCGAGGAUGCAAUGGAUCUGUUCGACGGCGAUCGCGAAAGCGAGGUGCCGGCGUCAUAGGAGCUCCUGGGUGAUGCAUCGGCAACCGAAGAAGGUUCCGACCCUCCGAGAUCGAGAGACUGACGUGACGCGCUCGUGAGACCAGAGGGUCCGCGGGUAUUCGGAGGAAUGAGUUGCACUUGAAGGUUCAGAGGAUGGUUGCUCUUAGCGGGCGGCGGUCGCACGAAUAUGAACGUCUGUGAAACUAUCGAGUCAGUGCCUAUGCCCAGAAGUAACAAAGACAGGAGAAAUGAAGUUGCCAGAGCACACGACCUCGCGAGAAUACCAGGUUCUUCUCCUUGGGAGAUUGUCGGUCGCAAUGAGAGAGCCCAAGCGUCUCUCAAUCCAAAGCAGCCGACAGAAAAAUCAGAGCCGAAAGACGUCUUGUAAGGCCUGGAGGCGCGUAGAAUGUUGCCUAUCGCGUCUACCACGGAAUUUGAUCGUCUCAACCCGCCGCAGUCAGAACAUCCGACCCACUUAUCCCGUCGAGACGAGCUUUGAGCAGAUGAAAUAGACAGAAGAGCUCACCUCGUUGGGGUUCUUGUCUUUUUUCUUCUUGAACAAGCCAGGAUCAUCCGCAUUAGCGUCGGACUUGUUUCCAGGGUCGUCGUCCUCGUCAUCUUCGUCCUGUCUGAUAGCGGGUAUUGGCGAUUUAUUAGGCGUGUGUAGUGACGAAGGAAGGAAGUUCGAUAGUGAAGAGAACAUGAAGGGUUGCUGGAUGCUGGGGAAGAAGACUAGAUGAAGGAGACGAAAGAGCAGUCAUGAUGUCAUCAGUUACAGCAGAUCCCGUUGGUAGCAAGUCACAUCUCUUGGCACUCUUCAAACAUCAAGCAUCAAGCUUAAGCACUCCAAUUACAAAUCUAUGAGACCAUAGGACGGUAAAGGAGUCGAGUAAUGUACUCCAGGAGUCAGCUACGAUACAUUCUAUGCUACUACCUGCGAUCAGCACAUGUUGUCCAGGUGCUUGAAUCACUUACUGUCUUCCACUUCGCCCCAACGUUGGAUCUGACUGUUAACUUCGACAUGUGCUGCCUGCGACGCUUGUUCGACUGUCAGAUGCCUUUUCACCAGACCCAGCGCAAUGAUAAAUGAUUUUGUGGCAUAUGUUGCCCGUUCCAUGGCUGCAAAAGUUGAGAACGGGACAUCAAAGGUCGCCUCGAUCGUUCUUGCCUGCCAUUUCCCAGGGGUCGAAGGUAGCCAGGACCUCAUCUAAUUUCGACUUGGUCUCGUCGGGCUGAGCGCUGAGGAGAACCGAAUCGAAACUAUGCAAUUCGAUCCCAAACGUCGUUUGCGCCCAGUCUACCAAAGGAUCCCAGUGAGCAGCCUGCAGAUCAACCAAUUGUGGGGGAUAGUCUUCCUUGAAGCUGCGUGUAGAAUGAGGAGCAUGAAAGGUUCCCGUGAAUGUGCUUGCCAGAUGGUGUCCGUGUCUAGAUAAUCCAACAGUGCUGUCCGAACGUCACUGCGCGUCUGCUCAUCUUUCAUGGCGUCGAUGGCUCUUGAGGCCAAUGAGGUCUGUCCCGUGGUAAGAAACUGAUCCCUUGACGGCGAAUGAAGGCAAAGAAACCAUUGGUAGCGCAUGAUGCUUCAACACAAGAUCCUGGUUGUCCCAUUCCGUCGCUAUUAGUGCAGCCACGAGUGACUUGUUCGGUGGGAGUAGUAGAGUAUUGCCCGAGGGUGUUUUAAGUGCACGCUUGUCGAGCAGCACAGCAUAUGCGUCGUCCCGUUGCCCGACCGAGACUGUCUUCCAGAAUCGUUUCAAUGUCGCCUCCGUACCUGUUCCGAGUCAGUUUGGGAUGACAAAUGGGAGAGUAAUGAGAAUUCACGGUUGGUUUCAGUGACAGGAGGUCCCUCAUUGACUGCAGUCGACUGCCACCGAAGUCCUAUCGAGCUGACGUUGAUUCUAUGGCGGGGAGAGGCGCACACCCGUCUCAGCUGAGUGAGCA